UCAUUCAGCCGCUCCAUGACGACCCGGGAAUUGAAACUUUAUGGCAACGCGUCUCCGUGUGCUUUUAAAUGCUUUUGCAACAAAACAAAACACAUUUGCCUGACAAGAGACUUUACAUUUUCCAUGUGUUCCUCCUUUUAUUUCAGCCAUGGAGUUUGACACGGUGGUUUCGGCUGUGCGCACGCGCAUCACUCGGUCCCCGCCUCCUACCUGAGAGCAACGCACCUGGAUCCAACGAGACGGAAGUUUCGCGAAGUACAAAUCUUAUUCGGAUUUAUUUCGUCUCCGCGGUAAACAGCAGCUUUUCUCCUCGGCGUCGGUGUGGGCACGGACGUGUUGCCCCGUCGGAAGGCGACAUGAAUUCGGUCCGUGCGUUUUUGUUGGAGUUGAUUGUGGAGCCUUUUUUUUUUAUUAUUUAUUGCACGUCUGGUUCACUGACUCAUGUUGAGACUGCAGUUUAAAACCAGUCGGCCUAUCCACCCAAGAAGAAUGACAUAUCUGCGCAGAGUACUCCGACGACGACUGCACCCUCUUAAACUGGCCGCAGUGGCUCUGGUCUUUGUCACGUUUGUGUUCUUCAUACAAUGGGAAGUGGAAAGCCAAAGUCAACAGAAGGACCCGUGGCUAAAGGACAUAAAAGAGAAACGGGAUACCAUGCUGGGCAUGGUGAUGGGAGCAGUUAAUAACUUCAGGGAUGCCAUGCCAAAGAUGCAGAUUAGAGCCCCUGUGCAUCAGAGGCACAGUGCAAACAGUGUGACCUGUUUGUCGGGUCGCUACACAGCUGUGGAGCUCAAACCGGCCCUGGAGAGGCCUCCCCAGAACCCGCUGGCUCCCGGUGCCGCUGGCAAGCCCUUCCGCACGGACAGCCUGAGCCCCGCAGAACAGAAGGAAAAGGAGACUGGCGAGCAGAAGCACUGCUUCAAUCUGUAUGCCAGUGAUCGCAUCUCCCUGAGCCGAGACCUGGGCGCAGACACAAGACCGCCGGAAUGUAUUGAGCAAACCUUCAAGCGAUGCCCUCCCUUGCCAACCACCAGCGUGAUAAUCGUGUUUCACAAUGAGGCCUGGAGCACCCUGCUAAGGACCGUGUACAGUGUCCUGCAUACAUCCCCUGCUAUUCUUCUCAAGGAGAUUAUCCUGGUGGACGACGCCAGUGUUGAUGAUGUGCUAAAGGAUGAGUUGGACGAGUAUCUGAAAGCCUUGAGUAUCGUUCGGGUCGUUCGGCAGGUAGAGAGAAAAGGCCUCAUCUCCGCUCGGUUACUGGGCGCAUCUGUGGCUACCGGUGACGCGCUCACCUUUCUGGACGCCCAUUGUGAGUGCUUUAAUGGAUGGCUGGAACCACUGCUUGCCAGGAUAGCAGAGAACUCGACUGCAGUGGUCAGUCCUGAUAUAUCGACCAUUGAUCUUAACACCUUUGAGUUCAUGAAGCCGUCCCCGUACGGCCAGAACCACAACCGGGGAAACUUUGACUGGGGCCUAUCCUUCGGAUGGGAGAGCCUUCCGGACCAUGAGAAAAAGAGGAGGAAGAAUGAAACAUGCCCAAUCAAGACUCCCACGUUUGCCGGCGGGUUGUUCUCCAUCUCCAGGGAAUAUUUCUACCAGGUCGGAAGCUAUGAUGAGGAAAUGGAAAUCUGGGGUGGCGAGAAUAUUGAAAUGUCUUUCAGGGUCUGGCAGUGUGGUGGACAGCUGGAGAUCAUCCCAUGCUCUGUUGUCGGCCACGUUUUCCGCACCAAGAGCCCCCACACCUUUCCCAAGGGCACGCAGGUGAUCGCCCGCAACCAGGUCCGACUGGCUGAGGUCUGGAUGGACGAGUACAAGGAAAUCUUCUACCGUCGUAACCAGCAAGCCAGACAGAUGGCCAAAGAUAAAACCUUCGGCGACAUCUCAAAGCGCAUAGACCUUCGUGAGCGGCUGCAGUGCAAGAACUUCUCCUGGUAUUUGAAGAACGUCUAUCCAGAGGUCUUCAUGCCUGAUCUGAACCCUCUGCGCUUUGGCGCGGUGAAAAAUGUGGGCAAGGACUCGUGUCUGGAUGCGGGCGAGAACAAUGACGGGGGCAAACAUCUGAUCAUGUACCCAUGUCACGGAUUGGGAGGGAACCAGUAUUUUGAGUUCUCCACACAUCACGAGAUUCGACACAACAUUCAGAAGGAGCUGUGUUUGCACGGAGCGGAGGGGGCUGUCAAGCUGGAGGCCUGCCAGUAUAAAGGCGGGAAUACAGUUGUGGAUCCGGAGCAAAAGUGGGAGCUGAAGGAUAACCAGUUAUUCUACAUACCGAGAAGGAAAGUGUGUCUGAGUGCCCGUUUUGAGCAUCCUGCUCUGGCUCCCUGCGACCCCUCGGACAGAUACCAGCUUUGGUCAUUCAUCUGAAUGUAGAAUCAUUUCUUCAAUAUCCCUUUUUUAUUAUAGAUUCCCGACUGCAAUGUUUUAAUUUAUUUUUAACACAUAAAAACGAACAGUCGCUGCUUCAAAGUCUGAAUAUCGGGAGAAAGCAAGGUGGGGGUGGGGUGGGGGUUGUCGUCCCCCCACCCCAAAAUGUGAAUUCAAAGAUUCUUUGGAAGAAUGAAGAUGCACUGUGCUGACUGGUGCCUCUUUUUGUGUUUGAGAUCAAAUAUAUGGACAAAAGUAUUUGGACAAAAUGACUUGAUCCACACGCUUCUACUUUUCUGUAGCACGCAAUAUCGGUUCUCGUUCAUCCUAAAGGUGUUUAGUGGGUUUGACGUCAGGACUCUCAAGUGCUUUCCCACUAAAUUAGAAGCAUACUAUUGUCCAAAAUGUGUGGGUAAGAUGACUACCCAAUUAAGAUUUAGAAAUCCCUUCAUUGAUAAAUACUUAGGAGCUGUGUAUUUUCACGUCUCCUUGUCAACAUAUUGUAAUGUGCUGUACUUGCACAUAUGAAGGCAACAUCGAAUAUCUAUUAAAUUAAAAGAAAAUACGAUUUGUGCACUAAUGAGACUAAAUUGCUAAAGCUGAAACACAAAUAUGAGCAUAGUCCUUGAAGAAUAUAUUUUAUGACAGCUUUCAACCAGUGCCUUAGAUGUUAUUUUAUUCUAUAUGAGGUGGAAAAAGGUGAGCUGCUGGUUGAAUGGGUGAAAGUGUGCAGGGAAUACUGUUGUGGGUCAUCAAUGUCAUUGUUUUCUUGCUAUUUGAGCUGGAUUUGAAGUUGGCUGGCUCUGGAUCCACGUGAUGCAAGGCCCCAUGUUUAGCUGCAACUGUAUGAUUUCAUUUAGUCACAAAUUUGGAUUACCACCACACGCAGCUGCUUUGUGCUAGAAGUCCUAAGUACUGCAAUCUUUAGCAGCCUUACUGUAUGAUUUCUUGUCAAAUGGGAACUUGGAAAAUAAAUAUGAGCAGUCAUUUGUCCAGAA